AUGUGCAAUGUUCCCACAACUGUUCCCCCCUUCUAUGACCAGGAGCAGUCUGGUGCUUCACCACUAUUCCCCCCAAUGCUCAUGGACCAACUCAAGCUGCUCAGCAGCAUCCACUGCCCGACUACACUCAUUGCCGAUGAGAUCAUUGUUUCUUUUGUGAUGACACCACCCACACUCGCCCCUGAGUUCAAAAUAGCAAAGUGUAUACAUUCGGAUUCACAAGGCUCUUCGAAUUAUUCUUUUGACAGCGACUCCUCAACUUCAAUCACGCCUUUAUCAGAAGACUCGAACAUCCCUAAGCCCCCUGGCGAGCCUGGGCGCCCGGGGCAUGGGGGAUACACCCUCUACGAUGCAUUGAAUUGGAGUCCAAAAGAAUAUGCAAAGUUCAAGAAAUUUAUGUAUGAUGUUAUCAGCAAGGACCUCACAAUGACACAGUGCACUUCUGCGCAAAGCCCUGCUCAGUUGGAGGUUGUAUGGAACAAGGCUAUCGACAAGUUCCCAGACCUUGAAAAUUAUAGCGACUUAUGGCCAGUGAACGACAUCAUCCUGACACGACUGAAAUACAUGUCGCGUCAUGUCAUGCAGAAGGAGCAGGAGAUGACUGUGAGUGCUCGAUUGACAGAGGGCUAA